AUGAGAUAUGCUCCCGUUUAUAAGAAAAUACAUACUACCAAUAACUACAUAAGCUCUAAGUCGCCGCAGACGUGCGCCCUCGCGAGCCCUCUUCGCCGACGAAAGUCAACCCCGCCGCGAGUCCGCAGCCGAGAGACGCUCGACACCCCGUCGAGAGCAGCGAUUGAAGGUGACCGCAACCUUCAAAACCGACGAGAACUUCGCCGGCGUACUGUGUGUGUGACCCUACAGCAAUCUCCGAGCGCUACCAGCGGCGAGGACGUGCCCAUUUUCCGGCGAGAGCCAGUGCACAGCCGAGAAGUUCCCGAGGACCGUCGUCCGGAACCAAACGCGACCAGCCGUGGGCAACCGCUGUUCAGCCGCCGUCGUUCGAGCGACCCUGUUCAGCCCGAGCACCGACAAGCUAUCCGUGAUCCGUACGAGUGGCCGAGAGCCGAGGGCAAAAUAUGCUGUUCUCUUUGUGGAAGAGUUCUGGAUGAGGAUAAUUUUUCGGUAGAGCCGACAUUUGUAAAAGGUGCAGCUGGACAGAGCCAAUUGUCUGGAAAUUAUGUGAGGACCAUUCAAAAUGAAUAUUCUGUUUCUCGUGAGAGGACCCUGAAUGAAGCGUAUGAUGGAAUAGAUGGUAUGAUGUAUGCACUUGGAAUUGAUGGUGGUGAUUCGAUAGCUCGGCCAGCUUUAGCCUUUUAUACGAUAGCACUUGAACGCAACUUCACUAGGGGUCGCAGGAAAGAGCAAGUGCAGGCCUCUUGCCUUUACAUUGCUUGUAGGGAGAACAAAAAGCCGUAUCUUCUUAUUGAUUUCUCAGAACAUCUAAGGAUAAAUGUUUAUGUGCUAGGGGCAGUAUUUUUGCAGCUUUGCAAACUCUUGAGCCUUGAAGAGCAUCCCAUUAUUCAAAAACCUGUGGAUCCUAGCCUUUUCAUCCACAGAUUUACUGAUCGUCUGUUUGGUGGCAGAAAACCAAGUGUCUCCAAAACUGCACUUCAGAUUGUUGCUAGCAUGAAGCGUGAUUGGAUGCAGACUGGGAGGAAACCAAGUGGACUAUGUGGAGCUGCUCUGUAUAUAUCUGCUCUCUCGCAUGGUCUCAAGUGUACAAAGUCUGAAAUUAUUAAAGUUGUGCACGUAUGUGAAGCAACUCUCGUGAAGCGGUUGAUUGAAUUUGAGAAUACUGAGUCAGGAGCCCUGACGAUUGAAGAGUUCAACAUGAAAGCAGAUGAGCUUGAGAAAGAAGAGAGGCUUAGUAAUACCCUCAAUGCUGGGUCAAAAGCAUCUGUGAUCAAGGAACUCCUCUGUGCGCACAAGGGUAGUGGGAAGCCUCCUUUUGCUCAUGGUCUCUGUGAAAAAUGCUAUGAAGAGUUUAUAAAACUUUCUGGAGGUCUUAAUGGCGGGUCAGAGCCUCCGGCUUUCCAACGUGCAGAGAUUGAAAGACUAAUGGCAAAGGAAGCUGCCAUCCAAAAAACUAAGACUUCGGAAUUUUCUGUGUUGGCAGAAAACAGGAGCAAAAAUUCUGAUCAACAAAGGAGAAUCGAUGAUACGUGUGAGAAUGGAGUACAAUCAAACUUAACAGGAGCUUCUAACCAAGACGAAACCGUGGAUGAUUCUGAUUCUAGUAAAGAAAGACUCCAAAAAACCGAUGCUACCUUUCAUGAAUCAGAGAGUUUAUCUGACACUGAUGAUAUUGAGCUGGCCUCAUACCUUCUCAAUGAGAAGGAGAAGGAGUACAAGAAAACUAUCUGGGAGGAAAUGAACAAAGAAUACCUUGAGGAGCAGGCAGCUAAAGAAGCUGCAGCCUUGGCCGCUAAAAAAGCGUUUGAGACAAAUUUGUCCAACUGCUCAGGAGAUGUAGAAGCUGCACAAAGGCUUGCUGCUGCAGCUGCAGAAGCUGUCGCAAAGUCAAAGAAGGAAAAACGACAGAAGCGUGCUGCCGAGUUGAAAAAUGCAGGCCCACCUCAAACCGCUCUCGAGGCAACUAGCCGAGUGCUUGAUAGAAAGAGGCUGAGUUCUAAAGUCAAAUAUGAUGUACUCGAAAAGCUUUUGGGUGAAACUGAGACGGAGACCCCAUUAAAGAAGGGCCGGACAGAAGAAGAAUUGGAUCAUGAUGACAAAUACACGAGUAAUGGCAAAGCCGAAUCUGAGUUCGACGACCUUCACGAUAUGUACUAUAGCUAA